AUGAUGCUGCUAUGGGGACCUGGUGCAUGAUGUUGUAAUGAUCCAUACUGAUGAUACUGCCAGGAACACAUGGAGAUCCAUACUGGUGAUCUGAUGCAUUUGAAAGCAUACACACUGGAAAAAAAUCAUAUCCAAAACUGGUUCAACACACCCUGACAAUUACAAGUAGUGGGAGACUAUGACAGAAGUAUUCAACAAUAAAGAGUGAUAGCAUCAACUACUGCCUCUAGAACACUAGCAAUAUGAAAUGAAAGCUUACAGACCAUUAUCCCAUGAAUACCCCCAUAAUACUUCUUGGGCUAGAAGCCUAAAGUACAUGGAGUACAAGCCAUUUGACACUCAAAUGUGAAUACCUCUAUAAUACUCCAGGGCUGGAAUGCAGGCCCAUGAACACGGAAGUGUAAAUGCCCCUGUAUUACUCCUGAGCUGGAAUGCAAGCCAUUGGACAUUGAAAUGUGAAUACCCCUAUAAUACUAUCCAGGGCUAGGAUAUGAGCCAUUGAACUCUGAAACCUAAAACUGCACGAACAAUACAUCAUUGAAUAAAUGCCUUUAAAUACAGCUCAUCAAGUAUUAUGAAUGAAUGCAUCUAAAAUUCUGCAACACCAACAUGGAUUCCAACUCAGAUAUGGUGUCUGUAUACAUCAACAUUGACAAUGAAAUCACUAGUGGUGCUCAUACAGUAUAUAAUGACUCUGAGGAAACUGACUUGAACUAUGUACAUACAACUAAUUUCAAUGUUGACCUAAGUGGAGAUAACAUCGAGGCCAUAUGCAAUAACAUUGAACCAUCAUUUAGUGACAUUGGACCAACAGGAACUGAUGUUGUAUCAUCUUACAAUAAUGCCAAAGUUAAAGGUGAUAUUGAACAGACCAAGGUUAUAGUUGGCUCAACUCUCAGUAACACUGGUCCAGCUAGGAAUACUACUGAACCAACAUUUAAUAUUGUUGAACAAUUGCAAAACACUGCUGAUACUAUCCACAAGGACCAUCAUGUUAGGAAUUGGCCAACUACCGAGGAUACAGACAAAAUACCAAGUGUUCCUAAUGGUAAUUCUCGUGGUGAACGUCUUGAGAUUGCGAUGGAAACUGAUCACUCAUAUUUAGAACACAAUUCUCUGAACAGAAGGCUAGAUGAUAAAACAAAGCCAGAUGAUAACAAAAUGACAGAUGAUAACCUUCCCCCAGAUGAUAACAGCAACCCUGGCUCGAUAACCAUAAUUGUUGAUCCUAGUUUCAACAUCCAACAACAAGAUGCUGAUAUCGACUCAACCAAUCUUUCAAUACACAAAGAGAAUAUUCUUAACGAUACUCAAAACCCUGUAAAUACCAUUAGUACAUCUUUUGAAAAUCACCCACAUAUAAAAUUUGAGCCUAUAAUAUCAGAAUCAUCAAGUUUUGACCAGCAGACAUCCACAUUAAACGUGGAUAAUGAAACUCGGGAUAAAAAACUAGGUCUUGGUACGUACCAUACUAAAAAACACUUCUCUGACAACAGUGACUUAUUGAUCACCCCUCGAACAUAUGAUAACAAUAGGACUAAUAACAGUCCAACCUUUGGUAAUGAUCAGGCCAAUAAUGACCAUCAUGUAUUUAAUAAAUCUGUUGAUCAGGAUGGAUUCAAUAACAGACGAAUCAAACUCGAAUGUGGACAUGGAAAUACUACAGUUUAUGCCAUAAAACUCGAAAAGGAUGAAAUACCUCUUGGCACACCAAUCUCCUUAACUAAUCAACAUCAUGAUAAAAGGGGCACACCCACCUCAUCAACCAAUGAACAUAAUAUUGAUAAGGCCAUCAAAAAAGAAAAUGAUCUUAAUCACAAGUCUUUUGAAAAUGGUGAUUGUACUUAUGCUAAUGAUGUGAACCAUGCAGAAGCUGUAACAUGGGCUUUAUAUGAUGAGUCAGACAAAAUGGACACUCAUCCAACAUCUUCUGAUGAUUUACAUUGUGCUGUUUGCGACAAAGAGUUUAGAACUUUAUACUCUCUGAAGAUACAUCAUUGUGCAAAGGAUACAACAUCGCAAAAACCAUUUCCUUGCAAUCAGUGUGAGAAAUCUUUCUUUUAUUCUAGUCACUUAAAAGUUCAUUUACUUAAGCAUGCAAACAGGAAAAUGUUCAAAUGUAAAAUUUGUGAUAAAUCCUUUCUUAGUUUGAAUAAGUUGAAAAUUCAUAAAAACAUACACACUAGUGAGAAAUCAGUUGCUGAAGAAUUAUCUAGUAAUAAUGAUGAAUCAUAUAAAUGUAAAUACUGUGGGAAGGAAUUUGUGACUUUGAAAGGUAUAAAAAUCCAUGAAUCACAUAUGCACAGUGAACAGCCAAUGGACAAUGACUUGAACGAAGAAGAGAAAAAAUUCAAAUGUAAAAAUUGUGAAAAAAUAUUCAACCAUUCAAAAGAAUUGAAACAACAUAAACGGAUCCACACUACUAAAGUAAAUGAGUUAAAUGAGGUGCCUUCUGUGGAAGCAGCUGAAAUGAUUAAAUGUCAAUACUGUGAAAAAGAGUCCACAACCAUAAAAGGUAUGAAAAUACAUGUGACACAUAUGCACAGUGAGGAACCAAAUGAGACUAGCAAUGACUUGAAUGAAGAUGAAAAAAUAAAAAUAUUCAAAUGUAAAAUUUGUGACAAAUUAUUUCACCAAUCAAAAGAAUUAAAACGCCAUAAACGAAUCCAUACCACUGAGAAUAUAACAAGCGGACAGUCAUCAAAAUUGAAAGAAAAACCAUUUGAAUGUGGAUAUUGCAAAAAAUCUUUCCAUACAUUGAAAGGUAUAAAAAUACACGAAGGACAUGCCCAUGAUCUAGAUAAAAACAAAGCUGACAAAGUUAUAAACAAUGAUGAUUGUGAUGAACACAACAAUGAUGAUAUUGACAAAAAACCUUACCCAUGCGACCAAUGUGAUCAAACAUUCAAAACUCAACGACUUUUAAGAUCACAUGAAAAGCAACAUGCAACAUUGGAGAACAAUUUUAAAUGUAAAUGUUGCGAUAAAGUCUUUAAAGAUUGGAAUUAUGUUAAAAGACAUGAAGAAGUCCACAUGGGUGUGAAAUCAAAGUUCCAAUGUAGGUUUUGUGCGAAGACAUUUAGAGCUUUGAGUUAUACAGAAGAGCAUGAACGGCUACACAUGGAAGAAAACCCAUUCAGCUGUAAAAUUUGUAAUAAAUCAUUCAGCUGUUCCGCCUAUUUAAAAGAACAUGAAGGAGUUCAUAAUGGUGACUUGACAUACAAAUGUAAAUAUUGCGACAAAUCGUAUAGUGCUCUAAGAACGGUUAAAGCUCAUGAACAAACACACUUUCAGUCAGAUAGAAAAUCAUUUAAAUGUCAAUACUGCAGUAAGAUAUUCAGCACAAAGAAGUAUAUGCAAACUCAUGAAGAUCAAAUCCAUGUUAACCCAGAUGUUAAGUCACAUCAAUGUCAGUAUUGUGAGAAGACAUUUCGCUCUUCUGCAUAUUUGAAAAUUCAUGAACGUUUACAUAAUGAACCUAGCCUAAGAGAAGAUGAUAAGCACAAGUGUCAACAUUGUGAAAAAAUAUUCAGCUCGUUGAAUUAUUUAAGGGAACAUGAGCGUUUGCAUACAGAAGAUAAACCAUUUUCUUGUCAGUUUUGUCACAAAUCAUUCAGUUGUUCCACAUACCUUAAAGAACAUGAGCGAGCACAUUCUGCCAUGUCAUUCAAAUGUAAACACUGCGCAAAAACAUUCAGUACAUCAUCUUAUCUAAAAAUCCACGAGAGAGCGCACACUGUUCCAAGUGAUAAAUUCAAAUGCCAGUUCUGUUACAAAGUCUUUAGUUCAUUACAAUAUGUUAAAGAACACGAACGUCUCCAUGUAGAAGGAACUCCAUUCAAGUGUAGAAUUUGUGAAAAGUCUUUUACUAGUGCAAGAUAUGUUAAGGAACAUGAACG